AUGAACCAGGCACUUUUUGACAGAUGGAGCACAGUUUUCGUGUUCACCGAAAUUUUGGUGUGCUUCCUUGGAAUUUCUUUGAAUGGAAUUGUGAUCUUUACUCUUGGUAAAAAUAUAAAUCGAAAAAUUUCAGCUUCAAGUUAUUUCAUCUUAAGUAUGGCAGUGAGUGAUUUUCUCUCAUGUGCUUUGGCUGUACCCCUCGCGAUCGCGAGACACUUCCAGGGAGAAUGGCCGCUUGGUAAAACUGGCUGUAAGGCCCAUGCUUUUAUGAUAUUUCUUCUUGCACUCGUCUCUAUCACUCACUUAGUCGUAAUUUCAUUAGGAAAGUACUUAACAAUCACCAAGUCUCUCUCAAGAGAUUCUUAUUUCAACAGGAGAAACGUAGUGCUGUUAAUUGUGGGUUCAUGGAUGUACUCUCUUGUGUUCAGCGUGCCGCCCCUGUUAGGGUGGUCCAAAUAUGGCUUAGAAGGAAUCAACAUGACUUGUUCAGUUCAGUGGAAGUCAUCUGCUUACAGCGAUUGGGCAUAUUUUGGAGUUGUUAUCUCCUCCUGCUUUUUCCUGCCCUUAUUUGUAAUCAUAUCAUGCUAUUACAAAAUCCACCGAGUAUCAAGACAAAUUGUGGCGAACACCUCUCGAAGGGGCGGGAUAGCAAUAACGGCGUCUCGAGCUCUCAUGAAAAGACACCGAAAAUCUGCCAUGUACUUUCUAAUAAUCAUAGCUGCAUUUUUGAUGCCAUGGUUGCCUUAUGCCACAGUUGCAUUUCUUUUAGCUCUUGGUCAUAAAGUGAAUCCUAUAGCUACGAGUGCCUGUAGUGUGUUUGCAAAAAUCUCGUUUUUCCUCAAUCCAAUGCUUUAUGGGAUUGUUCAGAGGAAGUUCCGUCGGCGUUUUAUUCACCUGGUUCCUCUAACUAGGAGGAAUCGGAGUGUAAAACCAUGGUCAGCGGUAUUACCUCCAGCAUCGCAGACCUUGGUUCUUUAA